AGUGCCCCGUAUGAGGAGUGCCGGAAAGCCGGAGCAUCACCCGCCUCCCGCGCCGCUUUCCAGAACGUUCCCGGUCCCUCCGCAGGGCACAGCCCUCCCCCGACCUCCCUUCCCGCUGCCGCCGCCAUUUCUUCCCUGAGGGCACCCAGACGCGUAGCGCCCGGCGCCCCCCGGCUACCUGCUCCCCCGGCGCUCAGCCGAACCGCUCCUACAGCUUUGUCACCUUCCUGCUCUGCCACCAAGGCCAAGAGUGCCUUCUCAUUGCUGUGUGAAAGAGAUACACCAUGGCUUACAGCGUGACUCUGAAUGGACCUGGACCAUGGGGUUUCCGACUGCAAGGGGGCAAGGACUUCAAUAUGCCCUUGACCAUCUCCAGAAUCACCCCUGGCAGUAAGGCAGCACAGUCACAGAUGAACCAAGGCGACCUUGUGGUAGCCAUUGAUGGAGUCAACACUGACAGCAUGACCCACUUAGAGGCCCAGAACAAGAUCAAGUCAGCCAGCCACAACCUGAGCCUCACUCUUCAGAAAUCUAAACGUCCAGUGCCAAUUUCAACCACAGCACCCAGAAUUGAUACUCCCAAGGCUGUAAUUCCCCACCAGAAGGAACCUGCUUGGGAAAUCAAUGGCAACAGAACAACCUUCAGUCCUCUAACUAACACGGCGACUGGGCCUGUGGGUAGUAUUUUAGCAACCAAUGGAACGUUUUCAGGCUACCUCAACAAGCAAGAGAUCAGCUUUUCAAAUAGCUCUUCCUACUUAAAGACUACCACAGUUAGAUCUUCCGUGUCCUCUCAGUCUGUGACUCCUGACAUUUCACCUGCAAAGAGUAAUCUAGGUUCAAAGCUAAGCCCUGUAUUGACUGAUGGCAAUAGUCCUGUACACCAGAUGAGCCCUGCAAGGCAGUAUAACAACCCUAUUGGCCUUUACUCAGCAGAGACUCUAAGGGAAAUGGCUGAGAUGCAUAAAUUAAGUCUCAACCGAAGGGCUUCGGAAGGUGGACUUCCUAGAGGUACCCUUCCUCUUAAAGAUCCUCACGUAGACAGUGCCUCUCCAGUGUAUCAGGCUGUGCUUAAAACUCAGAACAAGCCUGAAGAUGAAAGCGAAGACUGGAGUCGCCGUUCUGCCAAUCUGCAGUCCAAGUCUUUUCGCAUCCUUGCCCAGAUGACUGGAACUGAGUACAUGCAAGAUCCAGAUGAAGAAGCCCUGAGGAGGUCAAGAGACAAGGAAAAUGUUGCUGCAGCAUCAGAAAACAGUACCCCUGUUGAGCAUGCUCCGGUGUCUACCAGUUCCGCCUCUGCUCCUGCACCACAUGCUUCAGCCCAUCAGCCUGCUGCUGCUGCUCAAAAUACAGCCUGUCUGAUGCCACCAGCAGCCACCUCAGUAGUGCAAGAGUCUUUCUCAUCCUCCUUCCAAAGAGUGCCUGUAGCUCCCAGCUCUCUCUCACAGCCUAAGCCUUAUCACGGGUCCAAGAACAUGUCAGUAGCAGCUUCCACUGUUUCAUCUGCUAUCUCAUCUCAGGCUAGUUUCAACCGGCAUUCUUCCACCUCCAUCAACUACCAAUCAAAGAAGAGAAACACAAGCCAGUCAUAUACUCCAAUGCCAGUUUCUGGAAGCUAUGGUGAAAGUCCUGCUGCUUCUGGUACUUCCAAAAUGAGAGUUGUUACUACUGCCAGCAUAAAGCCUUCUGUCUACCAGCCAGCGCCGGCACCAGUUCAUUCCUACACCCCUGCCAACGCUGAGCCUGCAAGUCGCCCUCCCUGGGUAACAGAUGAGUCCUUUUCCCAGAAAUUUGCACCUGGAAAAACCACCACCACUGUCACAAAGCACAUCCUACCAAGGGGUGCUCCCGUACCAUCUCCUGCCUCAACUUCUGCUUACCCAUCUCCAGUUUCAACUUCUUCCCAAGCUCCUGCUAGAGGAACAGUUCAGAGGGCUGAGCGUUUUGCAGCCAGCAGCCGAACUCCUCUCUGUGGGCACUGUAACAGUAUAAUUCGGGGUCCUUUCCUGGUAGCCAUGGGUCGCUCUUGGCACCCAGAAGAAUUCAAUUGUGCUUACUGCAAGACAUCCUUGGCUGAUAUGUGCUUUGUGGAAGAGCAGAAUAGUGUGUACUGUGAGCGCUGUUAUGAACAGUUCUUUGCACCAACCUGUGCCAGAUGUCACACUAAGAUCAUGGGGGAAGUGAUGCAUGCCCUAAGACAGACUUGGCACACAAGUUGCUUUGUCUGUGCAGCUUGUAAGAUGCCGUUUGGGAAUAGCCUCUUUCACAUGGAGGAUGGAGAACCUUACUGUGAGAAAGAUUAUAUUGCUUUGUUCAGCACAAAAUGCCAUGGCUGUGAUUUUCCUGUUGAAGCUGGAGAUAAAUUCAUUGAAGCACUUGGACACACUUGGCAUGAUACCUGCUUCAUUUGUGCUGUAUGCCAUGUGAAUUUGGAAGGUCAGCCAUUCUACUCCAAGAAGGACAAGCCACUGUGCAAGAAGCAUGCCCAUGCCAUCAAUGUUUAAAUGAAGAGGAGCUGAUAGUCAGUAAUGCUGAAAAAAGCCCAGAUGGCUAACUGGGCAGUUAUAAAGUUGAUAACCAUGGCUAGCAUUUGUUUUGGUAAAAUCUAGGAAGUUGAUGCUUCUGAAGUUUAACUUUAACCUCUUUUGUAAAAGCAGGACAUGCUUUUGGAAGGUUCCUACAGAAACCUACUGAAUGAACAAUCAAAGCAUAUGAACUAGAGCAACAGUUGGGGAAAAAUAAUGAAAUUAACUAAAAACUGGAAUAUAAAACAUAAUAUGCAAAUACAAUUUCAAAUUAAUUACCCACAGCAGUUUUAUUCCUUAGACCACACACCUAGUGUUUAAGAACAACUGGAAAAGACCUUUUGUAAUGUCAUUUUCUUUCAUAACAAGAAUGAGUAAGUGCCACAUGUACAAUAAUCUGUAGAAGCAAAGGCCAUAGGAUGCCAACGGAAAUAAAUAGAUUAGGGUUUCUUCUAUGAAAAGUGAGUGCUAUUCUAUUAUGUUGUGGUGCCACCUCAUAGCAUCAAACAUUUUAGAUUCUUUACAAAUAUGAAUUCUGCCUUGAAAUCCAUAUGUAGUUGAGAAGCCUAGGAGAUAAACCAUAACUUAGUUUGAAAAUAAAGUGGAAACAGAAUGAUGCCUUCCAUAGCCCAGUAAGACUGAGAAAAGCACGUUGGGUCCAUCUUACUAGCACUUGGCUUCUACAUGCACAAUAGAUGAGUUCAUUUUCAAAUCCUCAUGGAAAAGGACAACUGACUUUCUCCAAAUUACUUCUGCAUUGAAUGGAAUAGAACUGGCUGGAAAGGCCAGCUUUUAAUUCAAAACCAGUUUUCCUUUCCUGUUGCUUUGGUUUCUAAUUCCCACUGAUAUCAAUGGGAAGUAGGAAUCUAUGUAUGGACCUUCAUAUUGAUGAACACAGAAGACAAGCACCCAUCUAGCACAGUUAGGAAGUGGGAGAUAGCUUGCAAAAGUUCUCUACUGUGUCCCAUAUAGUUAGGAAAAGGGCAUCUUUUCUUUUGCUUUUUUCCCUAUAGUAAAUUAAUGUUGAUUAAAAAUUCCUAAGGGAGCAUAAUGGACACCCACUCUUCAUCACUUUUACUGGUUUAAAUGUGACACAUCCCAAAUUGUUGUAGUUAUUUGCCACUGUAAAACAGUAGAUAGUAUCUGACAGUGAGGAUAACCAUAAAAUCGUCUUUUCUAAUACCUUAGGAACAACUUUGAAGUUGUCCGAACAGUUAUUUAAAAAUUUUUUUUUUUUUUUUGUUAAAGAGCAAUACUUGUACUACUGAUAAUACUUCUGAAUUUUGAAUUCUAAAUAUCAAUGACUUUUGUAUUGGAGAUAGCAGUCUAAGUUAAAAUGGAAAGGCUGAUCACUACUCAAGUUUUAUUUAUUUCUUUAAGUGAGAAUUAUGAUGUGUGUAUUGACAGCUCGCAGCAUUUUGAAUUCACUAAUUUUGAAUUAGUGUUUCUGAGGCUGAGGAUACAUUCUAUGGGCCACAUUCUGGUGCCAUCUACACCCUAUUUUACUUUUUUUGAGUAAGAAGAAAUUGCAGAGCAUUGUCUGCCUUUUCCCUCCUAUGGCUAAUGCCCAUUUUAAGGAAAUGGUUGAGUCUUUUCAAGGAUGAAGAGCUAUCCAAAGCUUGGGGGCGGAAUAAAAGAAAUUUGGAGCUCUAAUAUGAGAGUUAUGUUAGUUGCAAGCAGUCUGCAUCUUGGACAAAAAUAACCUGAACUGCCUGUGGCAGUUUUGAUAUGUAUGACCUGUAAUUUAUUCAGUGGGUAUCUUGGUAUCUUAGUUCUCACUGAUCGUAGCAGUGAUCUGAUCUGAGUGCUACAGGGUUAGAUUUUUGUGUGCAUGAAUUAUUCUAAACCACUAGUACAUUAUAUGCAAAGCCCUUUUUUUAAUAUAGCAAGCAAAUUUUCUGUUUUCAGUUGGUGCUGGGCUGGUGUGAAUAUGGUUCCAUUGAUUACAAAAUCCAAAAAUCUAGCUCGUAAUAUUCUCUAGAGGAAUAAAUUGUAAUCAUGGCAGUAUUUUUUUCACUCAUAUUUGACUUCAUUGAAUACCUUUCCAUAACAGUGAGACAAUUCCAGAUUUCCUUUUAAUUUUUUGGAUGUAAUUAAACAAAAUACUGUUUAUUAUUCUCUGUUAUGUAAGAAAAUUUACAUCAGUAUUUUAUAUAUUAAGACUGCAUUGACGAUUUCUGUGUUACCCACUGACUAGGACUAGUCUCUGACUAUCAGCAUCAAACAAGGAGUCAGGCUCCUUGGGUGGACACAAAAUGCUAAGACUUGUGAUGCCUCAGAAUGUCAUGUGUGAAAUUUCAUUAAUUUUAAUCUGCAUGUCUUUAUAUGUGUGUCUCUCUCCACCUUCCCCCUCAAAGUCCUAAAAGCUCUCUCUUCACUGGUGGUGUAAAGGAAGCAUUUUAGGAGAUGACCAGAGAUGGAGGUCUGCAGCUUAGGCAGGGGUACAGUCUGUAAGGAGAUGGUGGUAGGCAGCACACCUGGGACUGUCUCUUCUUCAUGUUCACGCAGGAGCCCAGAUUGCCAGCUGAAGUGAUCCAGGACAGCCUGCGAGCUGCUGCAGUGGACAGGAGUGUGGGAGGCAAGAAUCUUAGUGUGGGCAGGGGAAGGGGGGCUUAGAUCAGAGAAGGGAGAGCACUUGUGGCAGCCAGAAUGUAGGGGCUCUGGGGGCCCCUGGUUGAGUGUGAAAAGAUGACACAUUGAGGAGACUGGAAGCCCUUAGUGAAGCUGAUGUCAGAGGAGGGGGAACAGCUAGGUAAGGCCAGUUUCACUAAGCUGACAUGUUAGAUAGUUGGGGUGGGGCAGAGGGGUUUAGAGGGUAAUAGCUAGGGUGACUGACUGCAGUCAGGGAAAGGGCUUGAAGCAAGAAAUUAGGGCACAAGUAGCUUGCAAGCUACUUGUAAGCAAAGUAAACUUACAAGCUUACAGCCCAGAGAGAUAAUAUGAAUACUUACAGAAGGGGUGAGCAAGGGAGAUACAGGAUCCAAUCUAGUAAAUUUGAAGUCAGUACAGCAGAAAGGUGAAUGCAAUGUCUGUAAGUGUAGCUGAGCUAGCUUGCAGAGUGGCAACAGUGAAAAUACAGCAGCACUGACUUCAAUGGGAACCAUACUAGCUUGAGAGAGUCCUGAAAAUUUCCUUGGGCAGAUAACCUGCAUUGUAAUACAUGCCCUGACUCCAGCUGGUGUCUGAGCAAGUGAGAUUAAAGCUAGUUUACAUAUCACUAUAUGAGGUACACUGGUAUCUCUGAAUGAAGAACAGAGAUACCCUGAGGAUUAUCAUGUAAUAAAUUUCCUGUUUUGACUUGUGCUGCUUCAUAAUAUGGUCCAAAAAUAGGGAAUCCACUUACCUGCCCUUGAUAUCUAUAUUAAGAUACAAUUUUUGCACAUAUCUGAACCAGAAAUUUGUGAAGAAUAAUGUAGUAUUUUGACUUUCAUAGGGGUAGAAUACCACAUAACUGCUGACACUCUUUUGCCACAUGUCACCUUUGUGAUAUGGAGGGGGAAAGAUGCAUAGAUAUAUGUAAUUCAGAAUAGGGCCUUUCAACUAUCACUGAAUGUACACUCUGUACAAAAAUAUGCAAGAUGAAUAAUGUAUACUUGUUUAUGUUUUAGGUCUCAUAAUAGAUGCCAGGGACAAGUUCUAAGUUCCUCUAAAUAUUUCUUUUCAUUCAAAUUAAGGUCAGGUUUUACAUCAUAAAGAUACUGUACUCCUGAAUGACCAAAUAAAAAUACCAGUCUUUUAUCUAAUUACAAAAAUGUUCAAUAACUUUUCAGUCAAAUGCUGCAAAAAUGGUCUUAAUGCUUUUUCUUCUGUUCUUUUUGAGGAACAGGGUAAAUGAAAUGUUUCCAAAGAAGACUGCUUUUAUUACCUGAAAAAAAAACCACUCUUACUAUUUUUUUUUUCUUUUUAGAAGUUAGUUUUUACUACAUUGGGUUUACACAUUACACGUUUCUAAAAUCAAUUCAAAACAAGGAAAAAAUAUUUUCUUUUGGUCCUUCAGUGGUCAGUACUUUUGGUGAAAUGUUUUGUUAAAGACUAUUUGUAUUUAUGUUUAAUAAUGUGAAUGUCCACCGCACUGAAUACACUCAUUAGUGUCUACUGCUGGGCACCCUAACAUUUAUUUGUAGUACUUGUCUCCUGGUAGCAGAUCUUAAUUUCUUUAGUAUUUAUAAACAUCAGAAUUUGAAAAUGAGUGGUUUCUUGCCUGCAGUGAUCAUAUUAGAAGUCUAGGUUUUAUAACAUAUUGACAUGCUGACUUGAUGCCACAAGUGCCCUUGCUUUUAGAUGCAUUUAUUUUUCCUAAGUUCCUAGUUAUUUCAGAAACAGAAUGUAGUGUGGUUUAUGAGGUGUGAGUAACUACGUUGCAUGGAUUACCUGUGCCAACAUGAAUAAAACAGUCUAGUAAUAAAAGCAAUGUGCAAAUACAGUUAAAGCUUUAUGAUUUGGGCAUAUUUAUUAAUAUGGCAUGUGAACAGCUGGCAGCUUUCAGCCAUGUAAUACUGAUAAGAAAGCUUACACAAGCUUGUUUUCUCUACUUCGGACCUGAAAAUAAAAAAUAAAAGCACUGGUUUCAAAUUUG